ACACCCAUUCGCCUUUAGUUCCUGGUGUCUGAGAGGAGAAACAUGUAUCGAUUCCGUUCACGGGCAUCCACGGGGAUUUCUACCGCUGCUGCAGCUUUGCUUAUCACUUGCCUUCCUCAUUCACAUCCGCAGCCUCGGUCCGGGAAGCCGGCCUCACAGAGACGUUUCUAUAGUAAAAAGCGUUCUUGCUCUUCCAUCGGCUGAUUGUCACUGCCGCCCGGGCGAGGGGGAAAAAACCAGGCCGCGGAGACCGAGACCCCAGUGAGGGAGCACCAGAGGGAGCCGCGCCGAGGUAUUGCCGCUACAGGCCGCCGCCAUGCCCAAGUCUAAGCGGCGAGGAGGGGGUAACUCGCGCGGAACAUCAGGUGCCCAGCAUAGAAACAUGCAGCCUUUCAGUGAUGAAGAUGCAUCAAUUGAAACUAUGAGCCACUGCAGUGGCUUAAGUGAUCCUGCCAGCUUCACUGAGGAUGGGCCUGAAGUUGAUGAGGAAGCAACACAAGAAGACUUGGAGUACAAACUGAAGGGAUUUAUUGACCUUACGUUGGACAAGAGUGCGAAGACCAGGCAGUCGGCUCUUGAAGGUCUUAAAAAUGCCCUGUCUUCAAAAAUACUGUAUGAGUUCAUCCUGGAAAGGAGGAUGACACUAACUGAUAGCAUUGAACGCUGUAUAAAGAAAGGCAAGAGUGACGAACAGUGUGCAGCAGCAGGAUUGGCUUGUCUGCUUUGUGUGCAGCUGGGGUUGGGAAUUGAAAGCGAGGAAGUAUUUAAGACCCUUGCACCCAUUCUGAAGAAGAUACUUUGUGAUGGGUCAGCAGGCAUACAAGCAAGGCAAGCUUGUGCCACGUGCCUAGGAGUCUGUUGCUUUAUUGCCACUGAUGAUAUCACAGAAUUAUAUUCAACUAUGGAAUGCCUGGAGAAUAUCUUCACAAAAUCCUAUCAGAAGGAGAGGAAUUCAAAUAGCAUUUCCAGUCCCCAAAAUACAGUUCUCCACAUCAGCACUCUCUUGGCAUGGACCCUUCUGUUGACCAUCUGCCCAGUGAAUGAAGUAAAGAAAAAACUUGAAAUGCAUUUGCAUAAAUUUCCCAUUCUGCUAUCCUGUGACGAUGUAAAUAUGAGAAUUGCUGCUGGGGAAACAUUGGCUCUUCUGUUUGAACUAGCAAGAGAAACAGAUGGGGAUUUUUUUUAUGAAGAUAUGGAGCUUCUAACACAGAAAUUGAAGGCUCUGGCUACAGAUGGAAACAAGCACCGUGCUAAGGUGGACAAAAGGAAACAGCGGUCUGUCUUCAGAGAUGUCUUACGAGCUGUAGAGGAACAUGACUUCCCUACUGAGACAGUCAAAUUUGGACCAGAACGCAUGUACAUUGACUGUUGGGUUAAAAAACAAACCUAUGAGACUUUCAAGGACAUCUUAGGAUCAGGGAUGCAAUAUCAUUUGCAGUCCAAUGAACUUCUCCGGAAUGUCUUUGAACUUGGGCCACCACUAAUGCUUGAUGAGGCAACUCUUAAAUCCAUGAAGAUACCACGUUUUGAAAGGCAUUUGUACAACUCGGCAGCAUUCAAAGCUCGGACAAAGGCUCGAAGCAAAUGCCGUGAUAAAAGGGCAGAUGUGGGUGAAGUGUUCUAAAGCAACCCUUCAAGACCUUUGACUUCAUUUUGGUUAAAUUGAAUUCCUGUUUAAGUGUAAUUAAUUGCAGUGUUUAAAAUGAAAUGACACUUUUAAAAUUGUACCUCUAGAUGUCUUCUUGCACAUAUGUAGAGUAAUGUUAUAUGUUAACUGCCUAGGUGGAUAUGUACUAUAGAUUAGGAUGUAAACUGGUAGGAGAGAAGCUUCUAACACUUUAUGGGGAGGGUGAGGGUAAAAUGGCUCAUAAAUUUGGCAUAAUUAUUAACACUUGAUUAUGUGGUGCUGUGGACUGUUUCAGCUCAUCAUUUUUAGCAAUCUAAUAAAAAUAGAAAAAUUCUAAGUAGUAUAUCUGCCAGGGGUAAACCUGCCUCUGAACAAGCUGCUAUUUUAUAGUCCAAUGUUUUAAAAGGAAACAUCCGGGCUGUGUCCCAUGCCAUGGGUCCCUCAAGCUGGGCUAACAGCACUUAAAAUGAAGUAGCACACAAAACAUUUAAAGAAAUGUUAUGCAUAAUAUACUGAAACUUGGAUAAUAAAGCUAUUUAUCUCUGAAAAUCGCUUUUCUACAAA